AUUGCCUCGCAGUAGGAAGUGGCAAAUAGCCGCUAACAUUAGCUUAACGACCUUUCAUCCAGGAUCUAACUAUUUAUAACUAAUGUCAAGUUCCCUGAGGCGACAAAGGCAUGCCACAGAAAGAUCCGUGUCAAAAGCAAGCGUGUGCAAUUCAGAAGUGUUUACAAGCUAACAGAUAUGUGGAGAGCAUGUGUGAGGACGUGAUCAAGGAAAUGCGGCGCUGCUGUGAGACGCAGGCUGGAAAGUCUAUCUGCUGCUCCGGGUUCAAGGACUCCAAACCCUCCGAGAAUAAAAGUUAAACACAGCUCCCUGAGGGAUGCUUUUGAUGGGAAUAAUGUAAGAAUAUAACGUUGUAUCAAUGUUGAAUUGACUGAAUAACUUCUGUGUAUAUUGCAACAGCGCAAACACUGGACUGAGUUGUUUGUUACAUAAUGUGGAAGAAUAUGAAUCCAUGGCAGACAUUUUGAUAUGGCAUUGCAGAAAGGCACAGAAGUACACUGGAGCUGGCACGCCCGCAGUAUAUGGAAUGUAACCCUCAUUGAUGUUAUUAAUUACAUUUGUGUCAUGAUGUAACAACCCUCUGGCAUAGAGUUGUGAAUAAAGUUGAACAUUAUAAUUUAA